AUGAGCCAGCUAGAUGGAGAUACCCAAAUCCCUGAUGCAGGUCCGUUCCAUGAAGAUGAACAAGACCUGGACGAGAAAUAUCCAAAUCGACCCCACAAUCAUUCCCCAACCCUUCUAUUUCACGACCUUCUGACUGACCUCUUCAACCCAUUAAACGACAACAAGAAAAAGCCCGCUGCAGGUCCAGCGCGUAGAAAAGUCGGACCUCAUGGACCUUCCAGUCUGAAUCCGCAGGAGCGCCGGCGAGAUAUCAUUCAGCGAUUCAUCUCGCGCUGGCGCAGGGAUGUGGGUGAUGAUAUCUACCCUGCUUUUCGACUCAUUGUACCCGACAAAGAUCGGGAUCGGGCCAUGUAUGGACUGAAAGAGAAAGUGAUCGGAAAACUGCUCGUGAAGAUCAUGAAGAUCGAUAAGAAUUCCGAAGAUGGUUUCAAUCUACUGAAUUGGAAACUUCCCGGCCAGAGCGCUUCUAGUCGUAUGGCGGGCGAUUUUGCCGGUCGAUGCUACGAAGUCUUAUCGAGAAGGCCCAUGAGGACUGACGUUGGAGAUAUGCGAAUUGAAGAGGUUAACGAACGCUUAGAUCAGUUAUCAUCCGCCUCGAAAGAAGACCAGCAGCUUCCGAUCUUGGCCGAGUUUUAUCGGCGCAUGAAUCCGGAAGAGCUCAUGUGGCUCAUCCGUAUCAUUCUGCGACAGAUGAAAGUUGGAGCUACGGAACGUACAUUUUUCGAUGUCUGGCAUCCGGAUGCGGAGCGUCUAUUUAGUAUUUCUAGCAGUUUGAGACGCGUCUGCUGGGAACUGCAUGAUCCCAAUAUUCGGCUGGAAGGUGAUGAGCGUGGCGUGUCGUUGAUGCAGUGUUUUCAACCUCAGUUGGCGCAGUUCCAGAUGCAUUCGUUCGAUAAGAUGGUUCAACGUAUGAGGGGAACAGAGGAGGAUCCUACUUUUUGGAUUGAAGAGAAACUGGAUGGUGAGCGGAUGCAGCUACACAUGGAAACAGAUGAUUCAGUUGAAGGGGGCAAGAGAUUUUGUUUUUGGUCACGAAAGGCCAAGGAUUAUACGUAUCUGUAUGGAAAUGGAUUCUACGAUCGCAACGGCUCUCUGACCCGACAUUUGAAGGAUGCCUUUGUCGAUGGAGUGGAUAAUAUCAUUCUAGAUGGGGAGAUGAUCACGUGGGAUCCUGAGCAAGACGCCCCUGUCCCGUUUGGCACGUUAAAAUCGGCAGCUUUGGCUGAACAGCGAGACCCGAAUGCCAAGGGACCGAGACCGUUACUUCGAGUUUUUGAUAUCUUGUAUCUGAAUGACAGAGAAUUGACACUCUAUACGCUAAGAGAUCGUCGCCAGGCCAUUGAAAAGGCUAUUCGGCCUGUCCAUCGAAGGUUUGAGAUACACCCGUAUACAGAGGCUACUACGGCCGCCGAGAUUGAGCCUAUCCUUAGGAAAGUGGUUGAGGAAGCGUCUGAGGGACUGGUGUUGAAAAACCCACGCUCCCCAUACAGAUUAAACGAGCGCCACGAUGACUGGAUGAAAGUGAAACCCGAAUAUAUGACCGAGUUCGGAGAGGCCCUCGACCUUGUCAUCAUUGGAGGCUAUUACGGUUCCGGAAAACGUGGGGGUGCUCUUUCAAGUUAUCUCUGCGGCUUACGUGUGGAUGAUCCCAAUGGCUCGAAUUCAAUGAAAUGCUAUUCAUUCUGCAAAGUCGGUGGUGGCUUUACUGCAGCUGACUAUGCGAAUAUCCGGCAUCACACAGACGGGAAAUGGAAGCCAUGGAAUCCUAAAAAGCCGCCAACUGAGUUUAUAGAAUUAGCAGGUGGAGAGGCUUCCCAGAAAGAAAAACCUGAUGAAUGGAUUCGGCCAGAUGAAUCGGUCGUGAUUUGUGUGAAAGCUGCAUCUGUCUCGGUCAGCGAAGAAUUUCGCAUUGGGUUGACACUGCGAUUUCCGCGGUUUAAAAAGCUGCGCAUGGAUAAGGAUUGGAAGAGUGCAUUGUCUGUGCAGGAGUUCUUGGAUCUCAAAUCUAACGUGGAAAAGGAGCAGAAGGAGAAGCAGUUUACUGUUGACAACUCGCGUCGAAAGCGGAUCAAGACAUCUACAAAGAAACCUUUGACUAUAGCGGGUUAUGAUGAGAAGGAUAAGAGAGUCGAAUAUGCCGGUCCAACUGGAAAUAUUUUUGAUGGGCUGGAUUUCUGUACUUCCCCUUUCGUCACAUUACUAUUUCUUUAGGAUGGUUCUGACCAUAAUAGUCAUCAUGACCGAUACAACCGCACCAAAAAAACAGACCAAAGUCCAACUUGAGCAACUAGUCAAAUCCAACGGUGGGAAAAUCUAUCAAACAAAUACAGCUACACCCGAUACAUUGUGCAUUGCAGACCGACGAACCGUCAAAGUCGCAUCGCUACAAAAGAGUGCGAAGGACAUCAUCAUUCGACCAAUCUGGCUCUUUGACUGUAUCAAACAGAAUGAAGUCGACAGCCGUCAUUUAUCGUCAUUCCUCCUCCCGCUGGAGCCACGGCAUAUGUUUUUCACAACGGAGGAGCGACAGGAGGAAAUCGCUGAUAAUGUCGAUGUAUACAACGACAGUUAUGCGCGGGACGUUACCCCGGAAGAACUCAGGACGAUAUUAGACGCAGCAAAACCCUCGCAGCAAGAGUUGGUUGAUCAUGAUGCAGAAAUCAAGGAGAUUUCUGACCUUGUCUUUGAGCGUGGUCAUGAGGAAGGGAUUACUCCACCUGGUUGGCUUUUCAGGGGACUCGCCAUAUAUUUCCAUGCCUCUUCAGAAUCAUCAUCGGAGAAUACUGACCAGAUCCGACAUUUCCUUGCCCGAAAACUGACCGAAUUUGGCGGUGCCGAUAUUGUCGACGAUCUGGGUAUCAACGACAAAAGCAAGAAACACAUCCAUAAAUCCACAACAUACCUCCCUACACACGUCGUCGUCAUGGAUGAAUCUAAAGGAGAAGUCUCAAACAUCCGCAAGACACUCGCUCAACAACAUUCGUCUGAUCGUGGCUUGAAAGUUCCGUAUAUUGUCACUGUGGAAUGGAUUGAGCAGAGUUGGAAGGAGAAGACGUUGUUGGAUGAGGAUCGAUUUUCUCCGUGAUUGACUUGAGAGUAUACAGGUUGUAUGAUAACUUCGAUUCUGAUGUACUAUACAUACAAUGCAUUUAGCAGUUCUGAGGCUCAGCAUGUACGUAGCUAUCAUGUAAUAUUGUCAAACGCAACCUAGCCUCGCGUUACAGCCGUCAUAGGCAAGGAUGUAUGAUCCCUCAACCUCGACAAGAUAUGAAUAUACUCAUGUGUAAUCCCCCACGUUGCAGCCAAACUCGACAAGAUUCGAAUACCUUCCUUCAGAACCCUUGAUGGUCCCUGAGGACUACAUAUAUCUCCUACACCCGUAACAUUGCCCCUCAUCGUCUGACCUUUGCGUACAAAGAGUUGCACAAUUUCGUCAUCACAUGGUCGAUCAAGAUGAAUAAAUGUUGGAUUUGCGUCGAAGUCGGCUUGAUCCUGUUGUUCUUGGGUUUCUUGUCCGGCUGCUGUCGUUGAUGGUGGUGGCCUUGAACAUGAGUUAUAACUGCACAUACCGUAUGCCCAUAGCGCUAGGGUUGCUAGAAAUACAGAUACUGGUUCAUGAAAUGCAUUAGUCGAGUAGCGACGAACGUGCCAAAACACCGAGCCCGCGUGAAUAAUCGAAAGUCGAGCUUUGUACUGGUCAUGUGUCACCCAUCGCCAAGCAUGUUGCCAGUCAGAAUUACGCUCGAGUGACCUGCUGUCCCAAGUAAUCGUUGCAUUUGCUAACGAGGUAGCCAGGCUUCGGAUUUCUCGAAACGGGACUAAAAGUACCACGCGUGCGGCGUGCAGAUGUAGUACAGUCGGAUGCUCAAAGCCUGCUGCCUUUGCGAUAGUUCCGUUGGCAUGCCAGUGAAGUGUAUCCAAGCAAUCACAGGCACUGUUGCGCCAUUUGGAAUACAUCGAUACCCCAGGUAGCCACACAGAACUCGAUGGGAUUGCCGCUUCUCGCGGCUGUCUUGCUGCAUUUGGGUUCCAACAUGUAAGAGGACUUUGAAAGUAGUCGCUAACCUCCCAUAGUCUUUGAUAAAGGGCGUGAAGCAGUAAAGUGUGGUCAAAUUCACAAAUAUUCGGUAUCGACCUCUUUUCGAUAAAGAGAACCUCAGUAGCUGAAUGAAGAGAAACGUUGUCGUCAUUCAAACAAUUGAAGCUGAGUCCCUUGGCUUGAUCAUCAGUGCCGUGAUAAAGACCGAUGCAAUUUAAAAUCAUCGCCUGUAUGAGCCAGAUG